UGUCAGUUGCCUGGGCCUUGCUGCUCCUUCUGCUGCUGAUGCUGCUGCUGCUGUCAUGAAUGUGUCUUUCCCCCUGCUUGGCUGGGAAAGGGGCGCCUGUCCUGUGGGCUGCUCUAAGCCCAGAGUCCUUGUAGCAUGGCCCAGAUGCAGUUUUGGCUCCAGUUCUCAGCACUUAACCAGGAUUCCUCAUACCUCGAUGACACUUCCCUUUUCUCAUCACCUGUUGGCUCCCUCUCAGAUAUUGCUGACUCUGCAGAUUUCCAGCCUGCUGAAAACCUCAGCCAGACUCUCUGGGAUGUGAACACUCCAUCACAAAACCAAGAAGAGCUGUUCGCAUCUGCGGGACAGUUUCUAGGCUUGGACGACUCAGUUGCUGCUGCUAUCUCAAACACCCCACUGCUCGUGAGCUACCAGUCGCAGACUCAGCCAGAGGACGAUGAUGAGGGUGAUGAAGAAGAGGCAGAAGAGCUGGGCCAUGCAGAAACCUACGCUGAUUACAUCCCAUCCAAAUCUAAAAUUGGAAAACAUCACCCAGACCGUGUGGUCGAGACAAGUACUCUGUCCAGUGUUCCUCCACCUGACAUCACUUACACGCUCUCCUUGCCCACCUCAGCGGCCGACAGCGGGUCGUUGUCAGCACUACAGUUAGAAGCCAUCACUUAUGCCUGCCAGCAACAUGAAGUCCUGCUGCCCAGUGGACAGCGAGCCGGGUUCCUCAUUGGAGAUGGUGCCGGUGUUGGGAAGGGCAGGACGGUGGCCGGAAUUAUCUUUGAAAAUUUCCUAAAGGGCAGGAAAAAAUCCCUGUGGUUCAGCGUCUCUAAUGACCUCAAGUACGAUGCCGAGAGAGAUCUGAAGGACAUCAAUGCGCCUCACAUUCCAGUGCACGCUUUAAACAAGAUAAAGUAUGGUGACACAACUACCUCAGAAGGAGUCCUGUUUGCCACUUACUCCGCCCUGAUCGGGGAGAGCCAGGCAGGGGGACAACACCGGACCAGGAUCAGGCAGAUUCUCGACUGGUGUGGAGAAAAUUUCGAUGGAGUCAUAAUCUUCGACGAAUGCCACAAAGCCAAAAAUGCCAGCUCUACCAAAAUGGGCAAAGCAGUAUUGGACCUUCAGAACAAGAUGCCCCUUGCCAGGGUUGUCUAUGCCAGUGCCACAGGUGCCUCUGAGCCAAAAAAUAUGAUUUACAUGAGCCGCCUGGGGAUCUGGGGAGAAGGAACCCCCUUCAGGUCCUUUGAGGAGUUCCUCCAUGCCAUUGAGAAGCGGGGUGUCGGUGCCAUGGAGAUCGUCGCUAUGGACAUGAAAGUGAGUGGCAUGUACAUUGCCCGGCAGCUCAGCUUCUCUGGAGUCACCUUCCGGAUAGAAGAGAUCCCUCUUGACCCAUCGUACGAGUGCAUCUACAACAGGGCAGCCCAGCUGUGGGCAGAGGCACUGUUGGUAUUCCAGCGAGCUGCAGAGUGGAUCGGCCUGGAGUCCCGCAAGUCCCUUUGGGGUCAGUUCUGGUCCGCCCAUCAGCGCUUCUUCAAAUAUCUCUGCAUCGCUGCCAAGGUCCGGCGCUUGGUCGAGCUUGCAACAGAGGAGCUGGCAAAGGGCAAGUGCGUCGUCAUUGGGCUACAGUCCACAGGAGAAGCUCGCACCCGGGAGGUCCUGGAUGAGAAUGAUGGACACUUGAACUGCUUCGUCUCUGCCGCAGAAGGCGUCUUUCUAUCACUAAUUCAGAAGCACUUUCCUUCAACCAAAAGAAAGAGAGACAAAGGAACUGGCAUUAAAAGAAAACGGAAGCCCAAAGGCCGGCCCACCAAGGUCUCUAAGAUGGUGUGUGAGUUCCCAGGGGUCAUCAAGAUCAGUGACGACAGCAGCACAGACUCUGACUUUGGCCUCGAUAGUGACUUCCACUCUUCGCCGGAGUCCCUCAUCGAUGAUGAUGUCGUCAUCAUCGAUAACCCCUCUUCAGACGACAGAGGUCCUUUGCACUAUUAUGGUUCCCAGAGGGAUAUCCACGGCCCUGGGGUGCUGGAAAAAGUGGAGAAACUGAAACAGGACCUUUUGGCCAAAGUCCGAGCACUGGGCAGAGAUCUACCUCUCAAUACCCUGGAUGAACUCAUCCACAAGUUUGGAGGCCCCGAGCACGUAGCAGAGAUGACUGGAAGGAAAGGCCGGGUCGUGUCCAGACCAGAUGGGACAGUCACUUUUGAGUCACGCGCAGAGCAGGGCCUUUCCAUUGACCACGUGAACCUGAAGGAGAAGGAACGUUUCAUGAGUGGAGAGAAGCUUGUCGCCAUCAUCUCGGAGGCUUCCAGUUCAGGGAUCUCCCUGCAGGCCGACAGGCGGGUGAAGAAUCAGAGGCGCCGGGUGCACAUGACACUCGAGCUGCCCUGGAGCGCCGACCGGGCCAUCCAGCAGUUUGGUCGAACACACCGAUCAAACCAGAUCUCAGCUCCUGAGUAUGUCUUCCUGAUCUCAGAACUUGCUGGUGAGAGAAGAUUUGCCUCCAUUGUUGCAAAACGUUUGGAGAGUCUAGGUGCCUUGACCCACGGGGACAGAAGAGCCACUGAAUCCAGGGACCUCAGCAAGUACAACUUUGAGAACAAGUAUGGAGCUAGAGCCCUAGACAGAGUCUUGUCCGCCAUCCUGAACCAGUCUGAGAACAAAGUGCCCCUGCCCAAGCACUAUCCAGGAGGAGAUGCCGCCUUCUUCCGAGAGAUGAAGCAGGGCCUGAUCUCCGUGGGGAUCUGCUGCAGAGAGAUGAAGUUUGGCUGCAUCGCUAUCGAGAAGGACUGCUCCAUCACCAAGUUUCUGAACCGCAUCCUGGGCUUGGAGGUGCAUAAACAGAACACCCUCUUCCAGUACUUCUCCGACACCUUCGACUACCUGAUUGAGAAGGACAAGAAGGAGGGCAAAUAUGACAUGGGCAUCUUGGACCUGGCACCGGGCAUAGAUGAGAUCUAUGAGGAGAGCCAGCAGGAGUUCCAAACGCCCGGCCACCCUCAGGAUGGACAGGUGGUCUUUUACAAGAUCAGUGUGGACCGAGGCUUGAAGUGGGAAGAGGCUUACGAGAAAUCACUGCAGAUGACCGGUGCUUAUGACGGCUUCUACCUCUCCUACAAGGUGCGAGGCAAUAGGAAGAGCUGCCUGCUGGCUGAGCAAAGCCGUGGGAAACACUUCAUCCUGUACAAACCCAACAUCGGCAAGCAGAGCCAGCCCGAGAGCCUGGACAGCCUCUGCAGGAAGUACCGGCGGGUGACGGCCGAAGACGCCAAAGAGCAUUGGGAGAGCAGCUACGCCUUCUCACUGACUCACUGUAACCACGCCGUCUGGAACCGACACUGCAAGCUGGUGCAGGAGGGCAAGGAGUGCUUGCAGGGUGCCCGGCUGCGGCACUACCACAUGCUGUGUGGGGCCCUGCUCCGCGUGUGGAGCCGCAUCGCCAGCAUCAUCGCCGAGGUGACCAGCAGCAGCUACCUGCAGAUCGUAAGGCUCAAGACCAAGGACAAGAAGAAGCAAGUCGGCAUCAAGAUCCCCGAGAGCUGCGUGCCCAAGGUGCUGGAGGAGCUGAAGCAGAUGGACGCGGACGUGAAGCGGAAACAGGCCCGCGCCGCCCAGCCCGUGGGCCUCCCGGAUCCCCUGCUGUCCUUCCAGGCGGCCCUGCCAGGCUCCUGGCCGCCCCCCUCCAUGCACUCCAACCCCAGCGAGGUCCUGGAUCUGACCUCCAGCCCUCUGGACGAUGGCCUUCCCAGCGGGCUCCUGAGCCUCGACUCAGCGGGCCUGCCUUUCUCCACACAAGCCCCUCCAUUGCCCUUGCCACCGCCCAGGUUCACCUACCCCUCGCCUCUGGACGGGCCAGGGCCCAGCCUGCCCAGUAGCCACCUGCUGCCCUCCCACGAACCCUUGCCUCUCCUGCAGCUUCGCCCCCCACCAGAUGACCUCACCUCCCAAGGGGACAUCAAUUUCAAGGAAAUCCUGGAAGACAUGUUGAGGUCUUUGAACGUGGUGCCCCCAGAGAACCCUCUGGGUCUGGAGCGACAGAGCGUCAUCCAGUUCAGCCCCCCUUUUACAAACUCCUAGGACGGGGAGCCCAGCACCGGGCCUCCCUCCAGGGGCAGCCCUUGACCCCCAUGGGGCUGAGGAGGCAGCAAGAGCCCCUGGGGCUUUGGAAGGGGUGGACAGAUGACUAGGAAACUAUAUAGUCCCUUUUAAAACAAACAAAAAAUUUAUUUAUAUAUAAUAUACAUUCACACAUCUAUAAAUAUAAAUUUUUUAUGUUAUAUAUAAAGGGUAGGGGGACUGGCUGGAUUUGCAUCCAGUGGCCAAGGCCGCCCAACUCUGUGAUUUCCCCUCUCCCUUCCCCAGUCAUGCCGUUGUUCAAAGUAAUUGCCCCAGGUUUUGGGUGGCCGGGAACUCCAGGGAAUAAGUGACCUGACCCACACAUACACCCCACCUGCUGCCGUAGGCCUCAAGGGCCAGACACAGAGGAGGGGUCCGCUGUCAGGUAGACUACUGAGCAGGAAGGGCAAGGCCCAGGGCCCCCAGAACCCUGGGAGGAGGCGGCGUAGGGGAGGGCUAGCCCUCCCCAUCGCCCUGACUCUCCACGUCCCAUUCUCACUCCUGCGCCCAGGCUCACCCCCUCCUCCCAGUUCCCCCGGAGAUAUGGAUCUGCCUGGGGACUCCACAGGAGAAGACAUCACUGCCCCCACUUUAGAGACGUAGCUUGGAAUCCCAGGCUGCUGGAUCUCCCUCCUUCCCAUCCAAGAAGAAGAAAUCCAGAUCUAGAGGGAAGGAACUUGGCUGGUGAAGCCGGGACCAGAACCCUCAGGGCCUGGCUCCCAUCAGGAUCCUCGGCACCGCCCUGAUUCCCCACCCUGAGAAAGGCUGCUUAGACCCUCUCGUUGGAUCUGGUCGGCUAGAAGGGAGGGGGUGAUGGUGCUGAUCGCCAUGCCCCCAUCCCCUCUCCUUCUGUCCACUGGGUGCCCAAGCGGCUGCUCUCCCCGGCCCGGAGAACCCAUCACCAGGCCCCAGGAUCCCUGGGCCUCCUCUUCCCAUUUCCUUGAGGCCUCCAGGCCUGGCCCUCUUAGAAAUCAUCUUCCACCAAAGCCGAGCCUUCGGGUUUUCUCUGCCCUUCUAAAGGGCCCCUCGUUUUCCCUGAAAAGAAUCAUGGAAUGUCAGUGCUAGGAGAGACCUUACAGAUCCUCUGAUUCAAGCCUUCCCCCGCUUCUUACAGAUAAGGAAGAUGAGGCUCAGGGCCCUCUGCCCAUGAUUGGUUUCCUCCCUCCAGCUUUCCUGCCUCCCUCCCCUUCCCUUCCCUGGUUGCUCCCUUUUUUGUCUUCUCUUGAGGAAUCAGCAGACAGCUCACUCUAGCUGGGGCUGUUCGUCCAGUUGGUUAUUUAGGGAGGAAGAGGUCAGGAAGGAGACAGUAACCCCCCUUCUUGAGCCUUCAGAGUCUGCACCCCAUUAUCAAAGGCUGAUGAGUGGCUUCUGGCUGUCUCUCCAUUCCCCACUUCUUCCUCCUUACUUUGUCGGGGGGGAGGAGAAACGGACUCAGGGGAGAUGUUGAGUGGAUGAGUUUGGGGGGGCUGUGGCUGGCUUUUAUCAGGAUUUCUCUCCCCUGGGUCCCCACCCCUCCACCUGCCCUUGUGCCCAAAGGCUAGGAGUAGGGCCUUGUCUCCUCUUAGUGUCCAGGGCAGCACCGUUCUGCUCCUCCUCUUCCUCCUCCCUCUAUUUAUAAUGUCCCCUCUCCAGUGUCGGGGAAACCUGGCACCAACUGCCAGAACCCCCGAACUGUGGGAGCUAUAAACUCAGGAAAAAUCGAAGGUGCUCUCUCUCCCCCUCCACUGGCUCUGCUCCUGCCCCCAUGAGCAAGAUGCAAAACAUGGGGAACUUCCCCCCACCCCCAUCACCUUUUAAUAUAUGCAAUUCUCUCCUCUAACCGUAUAGCACCUUCACCCCCUGACCCCAGGACAGGCAGGGUCAAAUUUCAGUCACUGGGGAUCGUACCCCUAAGUUAUUGCCUCAGUCCUACUGAUGGUGUGUGUGUGUGUGUGUGUGUGUGUGUGUGUGUGUGUGUGUGUGUGUGUGUGCGCGCGUGCGCGCGCGCAUGUGUGAGUGUAUGAGAGAGAGCCUCCUGUCAUCCCCUCCCCUCUGUGCACUUUGAAAUCUGCUUAUUAUGUUGGGCCUUCUUGGAUUUCUAUAUGUAUUUAUAAUUAAUUGAAAUGUACAUAUGUAAAGAGAUUUUUUUUUUAGAACAUGUGCCUUUUUAACUAAUUCCUAAAUUUUCUACUUGUACCUUACCUUGACAAAUAAUUUUGCAUUCAUUCA